GUGCGCCUCUCUUGAUGUUCUUGCGGUUAUAUUUGCGCCUUGGCGAGCCUGGCGCAUUCCAGAACCCUGACGCAUCAGUCACACUGAAGGGCAAACACAAUCCCAGCGACUGUGUUUCCAAGACUCGGAGCUGUGGAUCAAAUGCUUCUGAUGUGUCCGGCAGAACUGCUUCGUAACGGAAUGUAAAAGAAAGGAUCGGGGUAUCUCGGGCAGCCCUGUAAUUUUAGGGAGCUUAGUACUGACGCAGGCGGCUAAAGAUGGAUUUUCGCCUGAGAGUAAUCAGAGACGCAGGCGUGGAAACAUACUUUAUAGCAUAGAUAUCUGUGGAUGGCAGAAGAUAUUUUUAACCAUCAUUAUCAUUCGGGUGGUAUUUAAAUAGCAGUCUUUAAAUGCAGCUGUACAGCGGGGCGUCCGUCACCCUGGAUUUUGUAAUGGUUCCAUACUGAGUCUUAAGGACCAUUCGCCUAAAAGAACGACUGCAGCCGGAAGAAACGCACCGGGAACCAGCUGGAAAGUACUGAAUCUACUGGAAUCAUGCCGGCCUUUUCCUUUUACGAGACUGCCUCCGAUGACCCGGCCUGCUUCGUGCCGAACGCGGAAAUCAUCAUCUCGCUGCCAGGCGGAGUGGAAAGUCGGGUUCCCGUCCGUGUCGUGCGGGAGCCGCCCUCAGAGCGCGCUCAGCUUUCCACUAACGCAUACCGAAUUCGGUAUGAGGUCGUCAACGGGGAGAAUCGUUACACCCUGGAUCCCGAAUCUCUGAAUGACUUUCUCAGUCAUGUGGAACUGCUUGAAAAACAGAAGGAAAUGGACAAGACAGGGGGCACUGAGGUGUUUCCACCGGACAGUUCGAAUGACGCUCAACCUGCCACGCAGCCCGGCGGAGAGGAGCGCUGCAUACCAAUGAAGGGGUCUGUAAUCAGUGCAGACCAGGUACAAAAUACCCUGCAAGACGAAUCUGAAAGAAAUUACAAAGUGCUGAAUUACUUAACAGAACUGGACAAACAGAACAAAUACCUGAAAGAGAGGAAUAUGUACAGAUUCCACAUAAUUCCGGACGGGAACUGCCUGUACAGGGCGGUGUGUAAAGCUGUUUAUGGGGACCAGUCGAGACAUGUGGAGCUGAGAGAGUACACCGUCCACCACAUAGCCGAUCACCUGGAGGAGUUUGGCCCAAUAAUUGAGGGGGACAUUGGGGAGUUUAUUAUCGACGCGGCGCAGGACGGCGCGUGGGCCGGCUACCCUGAGCUGCUGGCGAUGAGUCAGAUGCUCGGCGUCAGUAUUCACCUGACCACGGGGGGAAGCUUGGGGAGUCCUACCGUGUCUACCAUGGUGCAUUACCUGGGCGAAGACGACGCCUCCAAGCCCUCUAUCUGGCUAAGCUGGCUCAGCAGUGGCCACUACGAUGUUGUGUUUGACAGGUGUUUGGCCAACCCAGAAUACGACAGCUGGUGCAGACAGAUACAGGCGCAGAGGAAAAGGGACGAGGAAAUGGCAAAUUCAAUAGCGACAUCCCUAUCCAAAAUGUACAUAGACUCCUGAAUGCAUAUGUGCGCGCGUGUCUGUGUAAAACGAUGAACUUUGCAUUUAAACCAGUGGCACCUUAACAAAACGGAUACACGUUUAUCUAUAUACCAGAAUAUAAAUGUUAUUUUAAGCUAUUUAUUUCAUAACUGUGUUCAUUUUAUAUCACAUAGCAAAAUGUUUACGUUGCAACAACUGGACUAUUGAUUAAUAAUUUUGUAGUUUCGUAUAUUACUGUCGUAUGUAUCUGACAGAUAUGCAAUAAUCUGAGCGUAUACAAGAACAUUAUAAUAAUCUUCGUGGAGGGUAAUGGUGAGUGAGCAUGUUCUACUGGGCCAAAUUAUUCUUUCUUUAUUCGUUGUCUCAAUAAAAGAGUUAGUCUUAGAUUUGAAAA